AUGAGGCCUAGCAAACCUCACUCUACAACCUCCCUAUUAGAACAGAUUAGAGAAUGGCAACAAAUAGAUGAAGCCCUAAUGAAGCCAAAGGCUUUGGUACAAGAGAGUGGUAGCGUCAACUUUGCUUUGUCUAACAGAGGAUUGCUGCGAUCUAAGGAUAACAUCUGUGUGCCUAAAAAUGAUGAGAUUAAGGCAACUAUUAUGAAUGACGCGCAUAAAACACCCUACCAUUCCUUACAUCCAGGGUCAACAAAGAUGUAUAGAGAUCUUAAAGCAUUGUAUUGGUGGCCUAGAAUGAACAAAGAUGUUGCUAAGUUUGUUGCCAAAUGUUUGACAUGUCAGAAAGUGAAAAGCUAUGGGCAGUUUGAGAGGACUAUUGAGAUUGUAGAAGAUAUGUUGAGAUUUUGUGCUUUGCACUUUUCGGAGUCUUGGAAUCGGUAUCUACCCCUGAUGGAGUUCCCUUAUAACAAUAGGUAUCAGUCCACUAUUGGGAUGGCUCCCUAUGAGAUGCUUUAUGGAUGCAAAUAUAGAUCUCCCUUGCACUGGAAUGAGAUUGGGGAGAAGCAGAUUUUAGGCCCUGAGGCGGUUAGGGAAGCCAGCGAGGCGAUUAAGAAGAUUCGUCAAACGAUGCUUACCACUCAAAGUAGGCAAAGAGCUACGCGGAUACUUGAGUCAUCAAGGGAACUUGCUAAUGGUGAGGUGACUAUGCAAUUUGGAAGUGGAGCGCUCGUUUCAGGAAGAACAAAGGGAACAGUCUGUUUAUAA